GGAUUUGGGAGAGGAAUGGUGGGAGAUAGCGCCGUACCCCGUGGUCAGCCGCCAGUGUUUCGCACUUUGCUAUUCAGCUUCGUUCUUCACCGGUUCACCCUAGCCGCCACCCCAACCCCCAGCGACAGGGACCUUCGCCGCCAGGCCGCCCCCAAUCCCUAGCGACUGCGAGCACCGUCGCCAGGCGCCGUGCAGCGAGCGUCGCCGCCUGGCGAAGUCGCGCGACUCGUGCCCUGCAGCGAGCGCCGCUGUCCCGCACCCACCGUCGAACGGCUGCCGAUGCCCAACGCCCUGCAGCGAGUUGCGCCGUCGUCCGCUUCCUCUCGCUGGUAACCUCGUGUUUCGAUUUGGACAGAUUGCUCGUGACUUGGUGUUGCGCCGCCGACCGAGCCUCCUUCCCCUAAGUCCCUAACCGGAUUGUGAUCUGUGAUUAGGGGUUGUGAAAUUGAGAUGCCAUUUUAGGGAUUGUGGAAGUGUGAACUGUGCCUUACUGAAAUCGAGAUGCCAUUUGAGCAAGUUUUCAACUAUUUUGUUGGAUUGGCGAGGCCUACCCUAGUCCACCACCUGCCGCAGCUCUCGCCUCCGUCAAGAUCCGAACCCCUCGCACGCGGCACGACCAAAUCCUAGACACCUGAUCCCAAUGCGCAGGGCCCUCGGCAGAGAGACGUUACUGCGCCGGCACCGUGGAUCGGCACUGCUGUGGCUAGCUGUAACGGCACUGGUCACAGGCACCAUCUGCCUCUGGUCGUCCUUCUCCGUUGGCCUCCUCAGCACCUACAGGGUCCAGGAUGUUGUUGCAAAUGAGUUGUGGAGAACCGUAGAUUCAAAUGGUUGGAGAGCAUCUUCUGCACCACGCAUCUGUUGGCCUCCCCCACCAGCUGAAUCUGAGAGCAAUGGGUACUUGCGUGUCUGGUGCAACGGCGGCUUGACCCAACAACGCAGUGCAAUAUGUAAUGCUGUUGUCGUAGCACGAAUCAUGAAUGCUACACUAGUGCUGCCAGAGUUAGACACAAAUUCAUUUUGGCACGAUGAGAGUGGUUUUGUAGAUAUAUAUGAUGUUCCCCACUUCAUCAACACAUUGAAAUAUGAUGUUCGAAUUGUCAUGAGCAUUCCAAAAAUCACUGCACAAGGAAAGACCAAGAAGCUCAAAGCAUAUAAGAUUUUACCUCCUAGAGAUGCACCCGUUACUUGGUACAGAACAACUGCUUUGGAGAGACUAAGGAAGUAUGGUGCAAUAUAUUUAACUCCAUUUUCACACCGUUUGGCAGAAAAAAUUGAUGAUCCAGAGUUCCAGAGAUUGAGAUGCAGGGUGAAUUAUCACGCACUACGAUUUAAGCCAAGUAUCAUGAAAACAAGUAGUGAUAUAGCGAAUAAGCUCCAUUCAGAAGGCCAUUUCAUGUCAAUUCAUCUUCGGUUUGAGCUGGAUGUGCUUGCAUAUGCUGGGUGCUUCGACAUAUUCACACCUGAAGAACAGGAAAUCCUGUUGAGGCAUCGGAACAAAUAUUUUCCAUUGCUGUUGAGGUAUUGGGGCAAAUAUUUUCCAGGAAACACACCUGACUACAGGGAAAGAAGGCUCAUUGGAAAGUGCCCUUUAACUCCAGAAGAGGUAGGUCUUAUUCUACGUGCUACGGGAUUUGAUAACUCAACAUGGAUUUACCUUGCUCCUGGCAAGCUCUUUGGUGGGAAACACUUCAUGAAGCCAUUCAAGGCUAUGUUUCCACGUCUUAAAAACCAUAGUAUGAUCAGAAGUGGAAAGCUGGAAGAAAAUAUCCGAGGGCUAGCAGGGUCAGCAGUUGAUUACAUGGUCUGUCUCCUGUCGGACAUUUUUAUAUAUGAUGGUCCGAGCAACUUCGCAGACAAUCUCAUGGGUCAUCGUCUAUACUAUGGUUUCCGAACCACGAUCACACCAAACAAGAAGGCCCUUGCUCGGAUAUUCAUGGACAGGGAGGAAGGGCACACAUCUGCAUUUGAGGAGAGGGUCAGGCAGGUCAUGCUCACCCAUUUUGGCGCCCCCCACAAGCGCAUCCAUCCAGAGUCUUUCUACACAAACCCAUGGCCAGAGUGCUUCUGCCAGACGAAAGCUAGGAAUCAUGCUGACCGGUGCCCACACAACAGUGUAAAUGAUGUCCUUGAAAGUUGGUUCCAUAAUAAAGAAGAUGUAGAAGUGGAAGCUACUAAUCAAACUGACUCCACCAGCUAAACCGAGAGUUGGCUGGUGGAACUGAGUUAUCAAAGGUUUAUUGAUUGAGAACAGAUUGUUUGUCACAGACCUGCGAAUGACAUCAUUGGAGGAAGGAUUGAUGGCUCCAGAUCUCUGUAGGCGAUUAUGUUCGACUCAAGAUUUAGUUGUUGAGAUUCUUAGUCUGGGAGGGUCAGAACCAGAUUUUGGAUAGGUUUACAUUGUCAUGUAGAGUUCUGUGGAAGAAAAAUCAUACGAACGUCAUGAACUAUGUGGCUACUACAAUUGGAGAUCUUUACCCCAUAUGCUAUAGCUGAGUGUUUGGUGGCUUCAGUUCUGUUGGAGUUAUUUGCUGUUCCUCACUAUACAUAUCUGGUUGAAUUCAUGCGUUCCUGGUCCUGGAACUGGAACUUCCCCAGUUUUGAUUUUUGCAAUUCACCGUAAUGCUAAAAAGUCGACUAUCUCCAGGCUCCCUAUCCCACUCCCUAUUUCAAAGUUCUCUCUGCAACAAUACAUCUAUAGUGCAAAACAGUGUUAUACACGCCUGCAUGCACGACGUUGCUGGAGUUGGCCUAAUUCCGGGUUGCUGGAGUUGGCCUAAUUCCGGGCUCCUUCGAGGUCCAUGGCAGCAUGUAACUGUAUUGAUUUGUUCUCCUUGUUUGUAGCCUCACACUUGGUUGAAUAUUUCGAAAAAUCUAGAAUUCCAAUAUUUUUUCUUAUUUUUAUUUUGUUUUUUUAGUUUCUUUAGAAAGAGAUAACAGUCCUUUGUACUUGUAUAUAUGUACACAACACAUAUUAAUGCAAACCAUGUAUUGUGUCAGUC